AUCGGCGGCGCUCCCGUAGACUCUGCCUCCACGCUUUUGCCCACAUAAACUCCCACACCAUCGCACUUCUCGUCCAGGUUCACUGAGUUCCUUAUCAUUUCCAUCGGUGCCCACAAUUACUGAAAAUCACUCUUGAUUAGUCAAAACUCAAAUCCUAUCAGGUUUCCAGCUUUAUUCACAAUUUCACAUGCAUCUCUCUACUGGAAAAAUAUAGAUUGUUCAAUCCAGGGCCUCUAGAUCUGGAUCACUUCUUAACAAAAGCAGUAGCUGCUUCUUGAAAUUAAGGACUGGCAUAAGAUAGAUAUGGACGGUGUGAGCCAAGAGAAACUCAGAUUUUGUAUUGACAGAGGGGGCACAUUCACUGAUGUUUAUGCUGAAAUACCAGGGCAGUCUGAUGGCCGUGUUAUGAAACUUUUGUCUGUUGACCCCUCAAACUAUGAUGAUGCUCCAAUUGAAGGAAUUCGAAGGAUUCUUGAAGAAUUUACAGGGGAGAGCAUUCCCCGGACUUCAAAAAUCCCAACAGACAGGAUAGAAUGGAUAAGGAUGGGUACCACGGUGGCAACAAAUGCACUCUUAGAGAGAAAAGGGGAGAGGAUUGCACUGUGUGUGACUCAGGGUUUCAAGGAUCUGCUGCAAAUUGGUAACCAGGCUCGCCCUCGCAUCUUUGACCUCACUGUAUCAAAACCAUCGAAUCUCUAUGAGGAGGUUAUCGAGGUUGAAGAGAGAAUUGAGCUUGUUCCUAAUACGGAGGAAGAAAACCAGGAUUCUUCUGCAUCAUUAAUAAAAGGGGUUUCAGGUGAGCUUCUCAGGGUUGUGAAGCCACUCAAUGAAGAAGCUCUAAAGCCUUUACUGAAAGGUCUAUUGGAGAAAGGGAUUAACUGUCUAGCAGUUGUAUUAAUGCAUUCCUACACUUACCCAGAGCACGAAAUAUCAGUAGAAAAGUUAGCUGUGAGUUUGGGUUUUAAGCAUGUUUCCCUAUCUUCAGCUUUGUCUCCUAUGGUUCGAGCUGUUCCUCGGGGUUUAACAGCUAGUGUGGAUGCAUACCUGACCCCUGUUAUUAAAGAGUAUUUGUCAGGGUUCAUAUCCAGAUUUGAUGAAGGGCUGGGGAAGGUGAAUGUUUUGUUCAUGCAGUCAGAUGGAGGACUUGCACCAGAAAGUAGAUUUUCAGGCCACAAAGCAGUUUUGUCUGGUCCUGCAGGUGGGGUUGUUGGUUAUUCACAGACUCUUUUUGGGCUUGAAACAGAAAAGCCUCUCAUUGGGUUUGACAUGGGUGGUACAUCUACAGAUGUAAGCCGUUAUGCAGGAAGUUAUGAACAAGUUCUAGAAACCCAGAUUGCUGGUGCCAUAAUUCAGGCACCUCAGCUUGACAUAAACACUGUUGCUGCUGGCGGUGGAUCAAAAUUAAAGUUCCAAUUUGGAGCUUUCCGGGUGGGACCAGAAUCAGUUGGUGCACACCCAGGUCCUGUGUGUUACCGAAAAGGAGGGGAGUUGGCAGUUACGGAUGCGAAUCUGAUUCUAGGAUUUGUUAUUCCUGAUUAUUUCCCAUCAAUAUUUGGACCCAACGAGGACCAGCCUUUAGAUGUCAAGGCAACAAGGGAAGAAUUCGAGAAGCUUGCAGGACAAAUAAACUCCUAUAGGAAGAGCCAGGAUCCUUCAGCAAAGGACAUGAUGGUGGAGGAAAUUGCUCUGGGGUUUGUGAAUGUUGCUAAUGAAACAAUGUGCCGUCCAAUACGACAGUUAACGGAGAUGAAGGGCCAUGAGACAAGGAACCAUGCCCUUGCUUGUUUUGGCGGUGCUGGGCCACAGCAUGCCUGUGCCAUUGCAAGGUCUCUGGGUAUGAAAGAGGUUCUAAUUCACAGGUUCUGUGGGAUCUUAAGUGCAUAUGGGAUGGGAUUGGCAGAUGUCAUCGAAGAAACUCAGGAACCGUACUCUGCUGUUUAUGGUCCUGAAUCUCUCCUGGAGGCUACUCGAAGAGAAGUGAUUUUAGUAAAGCUGGUGAGACAAAAACUGCAAAUGCAAGGGUUUAGAGAGGAAAACAUUACAACUGAAACAUAUUUAAAUUUGAGGUAUGAGGGUACAGAUACUGCCAUCAUGGUAAAGAGACAAUUAAAUGAAGAUGGGGUAGGAUGUGACUACACUGUUGAAUUUGUCAAGCUAUUCCAGCAAGAGUAUGGAUUCAAACUGCAGAACAGGAAUAUCCUAAUUUGUGAUGUAAGAGUUCGUGGUAUAGGAGUCACUAAUAUUUUGAAGCCGAGGGCCCUAGAACCUGCUUCAGGUACACCUAAAGUUGAAGGCCACUACAAGGUUUACUUUGUGAAUGGAUGGCACCAUACACCCCUAUUCAAGCUUGAAAAUUUAGGGUACGGGCAUGUCAUGCCUGGCCCUGCCAUCAUCAUGAAUGGAAAUAGUACUGUGAUAGUAGAACCCAAUUGUAAAGCAGUAAUAACCAAAUAUGGCAACAUUAAAAUUGAAAUUCAGUCGAAUUUAGGCACUGUGAAGGUAGCAGAAAAAGUUGCAGACGUGGUGCAGCUCUCAAUCUUCAAUCACAGAUUUAUGGGAAUAGCUGAGCAGAUGGGACGGACUCUUCAGAGAACUUCUAUAUCAACCAAUAUCAAGGAGCGGCUUGAUUUCUCUUGUGCUCUCUUUGGACCAGAUGGUGGGCUGGUUGCCAAUGCCCCCCAUGUACCAGUGCAUCUAGGAGCUAUGUCCAGUACAGUUCGAUGGCAGCUGAAGUACUGGGGUAACAAUUUGAAUGAAGGUGAUGUUUUGGUCACAAAUCAUCCUUGUGCUGGAGGUAGUCAUCUUCCAGAUAUAACUGUUGUUACACCUGUUUUCAAUAAUGGGAAACUGGUAUUUUUUGUGGCAAGUAGAGGUCAUCAUGCAGAGAUUGGGGGUAUCACUCCUGGAAGUAUGCCUCCCUUCUCGAAGUCCAUAUGGGAAGAAGGUGCUGCCAUAAAAGCAUUCAAGCUUGUGGACAAGGGAAUUUUUCAAGAAGAAGGAAUCAUUAAACUUCUCCAGUUCCCUAAUUCUGAUGAAUCAGCUCAUAACAUCCCAGGAACUCGCAGGCUUCAAGAUAAUUUAUCAGAUCUUCGAGCACAGGUGGCUGCAAACCGGAGAGGAAUUACCCUUAUCAAAGAGCUUAUUGAGCAGUAUGGUUUGGACACUGUUCAGGCCUACAUGACCUACGUGCAAAUCAAUGCAGAAGGAGCAGUGAGAGAAAUGCUCAAGUCAGUUGCUGCUAGGGUUACAUCUCAGUCACCUAAAUUUGGAGCAGGAGAUUCUGUAACCAUUGAAGAAGAGGAUUACAUGGAUGAUGGUUCUGUUAUUCAUCUGAAACUUACUAUCGAUCCUCAUAAAGGGGAAGCAAAUUUUGAUUUUUCUGGGACCAGCCCAGAAGUUUACGGGAACUGGAAUGCACCAGAAGCAGUCACGGCUGCUGCAGUGAUAUACUGCAUCCGAUGUUUGGUUGAUGUUGAUAUCCCUCUCAAUCAAGGUUGUUUGGCUCCAGUUAAAAUCCAUAUUCCCCUAGGUUCAUUCCUCUCUCCAAGUGAUAAGGCUGCUGUGGUGGGAGGUAAUGUUCUCACAUCCCAGAGAGUUACUGAUGUUGUACUGACUGCAUUUCAGGCCUGUGCCUGUUCACAGGGUUGCAUGAAUAAUCUCACUUUUGGGGAUGAUACUUUUGGUUAUUAUGAAACAAUAGGAGGUGGUUGUGGUGCUGGUCCCAGCUGGGAUGGCACCAGUGGGGUCCAAUGCCAUAUGACCAAUACCCGAAUGACUGACCCAGAAAUCUUUGAGCAGAGAUAUCCAGUCAUUUUGCAUACGUUUGGAUUGAGAGAGAACAGCGGAGGAGCAGGGCUUCACCGAGGUGGUGAUGGGCUUGUGAGGGAGAUUGAGUUUAGGCGACCAGUUGUGGUGAGCAUUCUUUCAGAGAGGCGUGUUCAUGCACCAAGAGGGUUGAAGGGAGGAAAAGAUGGGGCUCGUGGAGCUAAUUACCUCAUUACAAAAGAUAAACGAGAAGUGUACCUCGGAGGUAAAAACACUGUGGCGGUACAGGCAGGGGAAAUUCUUCGGAUCUUAACUCCGGGUGGUGGAGGAUGGGGCUCUCCCUUUUGAUUCUCCUCCCAACUUUCGCAUUGUUAGGCUUGGUCAUCACAUUGGAAAUAUUAUCAUAUUUUCUGGAACGCCUCGAGUGUUGACAGGAAACCGAAUUCUGCGAUGUGUGAAGCACAUGGUUCCAUGAGAAUGACUAAUAAAUUCUUUCAUGUAGAAUGUUUUCAUUAUAUUAUAAACAAAAUAAAAGGCAAAAUGCAGUUGUUUUAUUUGGUUGGGCAUAUUGCAUCUGUUAAUAUCAAAUGACUUUU